AUGGCUGGGGACAGUGGGAUGGCCGGGAAGGUGACGCUGCUCCUGUGGGCCCAGACCCUCGGCCUCGCUGGUGCCCAAACCCCCCAGCUCCUCGUGGAGCCCCCCUGGAGGCCGGCAGUGCUGUGGGACCAGGUGACACUGACCUGCCAGGGCUCAGGGACCGCCGGUGCCACCACCUGGUACAAGGACGGGCAGCGCUGGGGACAGCAGGAAAGUGACUACUUCACUGUCACUGAGAGUGGCACCUACCAGUGUGAGAGACCCGGCAGUGGGCUCAGCCCCCCUGUGAGAGUCUUAGAUGACCGGCUGGUGCUGCAGGUGUCAGCACAGGCACUGCUAGAGGGGGACACGGUGACACUGCGCUGCCGGGGCCAGCAGGACAAACUGGUCACUGAGGUGCGAUUUUACCAGGACGAGAAGAAUCUGGGUGGUUCCCUCAGUGGGACCGAGCUGUCUCUGACCCUUCUGCAGCUGAACCACAGUGGCAGUUACCACUGCGAGGGCAUGGUGGGGUCCUGGCUGAGAAGUUGCCUCAGCACCCCCAAGCCCCUGCAACCCCGAGGCCCCCUCCUGCACAUGUUCUACCAGGAUGGGCAGGUGGUGGGGGGCCCAAAGGGGUCCCUACAGCUGCUGGUGCCCGCUGUGGGCGUCUCCUACUCUGGGAAUUACAGCUUGCCCGUGGCCAAUGCCACCAUCACCCCCGCUCCCCUGGCACACCAAGUGCACCCAGGCGAACCCGUGACCCUGCGUUGCUCAGUGCAGGUGGGCUCAGCCCCUGUCACCUUCACCUGGCUGCACAACGGGCAGGAGGUGGCCCACGGUCCCCUCCUGGAGCUCAGGGACAUCGAUGUGGGACAUUCAGGCACCUACCAGUGCGUGGCCACCAACCAGCUGGGACAGGACGGGCACAACAUGUUCUGGGCAUUCAGCCCAGAGCUGGCCCUGGCGGUGACACCGUGGGGACACAGGGACACAGUGGCCACAGGGCUCAGUGGGGCCCUUUUGUUCCUGGUCCUGCUCGUGGGUGUCAUUGUGGCCUGGCACCGGUGGCACCGUGUGGCAGCUGCCAGGAAGCACCAGGAAAGGGCCCUCCCGGAUCAGCCAGGCCCCCCUGAGGAGGGGGAGGUGCUGUACACCCAGGUCGUGAGCAGCAAACAGGCGCAGUUGUCCCCCCGUGCCACCACACCCCAGGAUCCCCGCGUCACCUACGCGGAGCUGCGGGGACCCCACGGGCGACCUCAGGAACCCGGUGACAUCUACGGGAAUGUGCUGUGA